AAUGAUUAUCUCUUCCUUUUCUAUUUUAUUGAGAGCUCUAAAACGAAACCACCCGCUUCUCCUCUCCUGCGCCUGGAGACGAUCUUUCGCCGCCGAGUUCCCCUCUCUCUCUGCGGCGAAGAUCAUAUAGGAAUCAUCUCCAGGUGGGGGCAUAAAGGAUGGCUUUUGUCGGAAAACCCGAGAAAUUUUCUACGGAUUUCAUGAUGGGAGGUGCAGCAGCCAUUGUCGCCAAAUCCGCAGCCGCUCCUAUCGAAAGGGUGAAGCUUUUACUCCAAAACCAAGGAGAGAUGAUCAAAACAGGACAUCUCACCAGACCCUACACCGGUCUAGGCAACUGCUUCCUCAGAAUCUUCAGAGAAGAAGGUGUUUUAUCCUUCUGGAGAGGAAACCAAGCCAACGUCAUACGUUAUUUCCCUACCCAGGCUUCCAACUUUGCGUUUAAAGGUUACUUCAAGACCCGUCUCGGAUGCUCCAAAGAGAAGGACGGUUACUUGAAGUGGUUCGCUGGAAACGUAGCCUCUGGAAGCGCUGCUGGAGCUACAACGUCCUUGUUUCUAUAUCAUCUUGAUUACGCGAGGACUCGUUUAGGCACUGAUGCGAAGGAAUGUUCAGUUAGUGGCAAGAGACAGUUCAAAGGGAUGGUCGAUGUGUACCGUAAGACUCUCUCAAGCGACGGUGUUAAAGGCCUUUACCGUGGCUUUGGCGUGUCGAUAUUGGGAAUCACUCUUUACCGAGGGAUGUAUUUUGGGAUGUAUGAUACAUUCAAACCCAUCGUUUUAGUCGGUUCCUUAGAGGGAAACUUCUUGGCUAGCUUUUUAUUGGGGUGGAGCAUUACUACCUCUGCAGGCGUCAUUGCUUACCCUUUUGACACGGUUAGGAGGAGAAUGAUGCUUACAUCAGGACAGCCUGUUAAAUACAGGAACGCCGUUCACGCGCUAAGAGAGAUACUGAAGUAUGAAGGGUUCUUUGCGCUGUAUAGAGGAGUUACUGCCAACAUGCUUCUUGGAGUUGCAGGAGCAGGAGUGCUUGCGGGGUAUGAUCAGCUUCACCGUAUUGCUUAUAAGCAUUUGGUUCAGUAGUCUCACUUACAUUCCAAUGUGUUGUGUUUAUUAACAGAAUCAUUUUAAAACAAAUGAGGAUAGGGAAAAUUGUUGAUAAUUCUUGUGCAGAUACAUUUGUUAUUUCAAUAAAGGAUUUAUUUGAAAGCUUU